GUGUGUCACUGUGUGUGUGUGUAUAUGUGUGUGUGUGUGUGUGUGUGUGCGCGCGCGCCAGUGUCAUUACCCAAGGCUCCACGAGCAGCUCUGGGUGUUGAUGGAGCUGUAACACCGCGCUGUGCUUGUGGGGCUCGGUGUUAAAGAGAAAGCCGAGUCGCUGUACCUGUACCUCUCCUCUACAAGCCUCAGACAUGGCGAUUAUAACGUGUCGAGUUCAGUAUCUUGAGGACUCGGAUCCGUUCGUGUGCACCAACUUCCCCGAGCCUCGGAGACCUCCUCAAUACGACUUCAACGAGCUCGUGCCACUAAAUUUACAAAUAGCCGGCGUUCAGAAACAGCUCCAAGCUCCUCUGAAGUUAGAAGAGUGUGCGCUGCAGGUGGCUCCUAAUGGAAACUACCUGGAUCUGGAGUCCUCACUGGCAGAGCAGAAGGAUGAACUGGAGCAGUUCUAUGACGAUUUGGCCAUUGGCAAAAAGCCCAUCUUGAUCCUCCGAACCCAGCUGUCAGUGCGUGUCCACUCCAUCCUGGAGAAGCUGUAUAACUCCCAGGGGCCUGAACUGCGUCGUUCCCUCUUCUCAUUAAAGCAACUCUUUCAGGAUGAUAAGGACCUGGUACCAGAGUUUGUGAAUUCUGAUGGCUUGACCUGCUUUAUAAAAGUGGGCGUAGAGGCAGACCACAACUACCAGAACUACAUUCUUCGAGCUUUGAGCCAAAUCAUGUUGUUCGUGGACGGGAUGAAUGGAGUUAUAAACCAUAACGAGACAGUGCAGUGGCUGUACACACUUUGUGGCAGCCUGUCCCGGCUGGUGGUGAAGACAGCACUGAAGCUCCUCAUAGUGUUUGUUGAAUACACAGAGUCGAACAGCCCGCUGCUUAUUCAGGCUGUCAACACGGUGGAUAGCAAAAGAGGUGUGAAGGCCUGGUCAUACUUAAUGGCUAUUUUAGAGGAGAAGAAUGGAUCAGAUACAGAGCUCCUGGUCUUCACCAUGUCCCUUAUUAACAAGACUUUAGCAGCUCUGCCUGACCAGGAUUCAUUCUACGAUGUGACAGACUGCCUGGAGCAUCAGGGGAUGGAGCGCAUCAUGGAGAAACACAUAAGCAGCAAAGCCAUUGACCCUGACCUCAAACAGCAGUUUACAAUAUAUGAGAACACUCUGAAGCACGAGGAUGGAGAUGCAGAUGAAUCCUGUUCUCUUACACGUAAGGAGAGGAGAAAAGCAACGACCAGCGAGCAGGAGGGCAGGAGGAGCCGACGGUCCUCGGCACAGAAUAUUCCAGAUGUUUCACUCGCUUCCUCUCUGCCUGCUUCUGUGACCUCUACCUUCAGUCCCACUACAGGUCCGAGAUGUACCACCUCUCCUGUACCCUCAAGCACUCCAUCCUCCCCUUUACCCUCUUCUCCCAUCAGCCAUGAUCCAGUAAGCACUUCCUCCAGUGAAUCUGAGUCCAGCUCACACAGCUCAACCCCUGUAGUGCCCUCUGUCGUAGUAAAUGAAACUCCAGCCAAUGAUGUCAGGGGACGCACUUUCAUUGGUCAGUACCUGGCUCAUAUGGGGAUUUCUAGGCGGAGGUUAAAAAAGGCGGGGUCCAUAACACAGGAGCCCUCCACUCCCCUAAAGAGCCUCAGCGUGUCUCCCGCAGACUCGCCUCCUCAGGAGAACCAGACAGAACAGAAAGAGCAGAGCCACACUGAGGGAAGAGGACGGCUUAACCUGCAAGAGGCAGACUCUGUUUGUGUGGAGGAUAUUGUGAGUAAGGACCGGCCCGUACUCAGGAAGUAUGCAGACCAGUUUUUACGCCGACUGGAGGCGAGGGAGUGGCAGAAGAGGAAUAGUAAUGAUGUUGCGUCUCUGAUCGACAGUGUGUCUCCUGACCCAGACAUCUACUCUUGCUCUCCACGAGAAGUGCAGCCAACCUCAGAAGGGACAGAUCAGAGGAACGUUCAAGAGCCCCAGACUCCAGAGGGAAACUCCAGCAAUAGUAGCAUCUCCCUGAGCACCCUGGAGCAGCCGGGAGAACCACAAACAGCCCAUAAUAAUGAACCAGCAGGGGGCAGUGUGCAUCAGCACAGCACCCUUUCCAAAGACAGGAAGUUCAUGUUGGACAUGCUUUACUCAAAGUCUUCCACCUCCAGCAGCUCUGGGCCACUGAAGAGCCCCAGUGUGGAGGACAGCAGUCUGGAAGAUCUUGGUAUCUCCAGCCUGGCUGGUCGUCUCUCCAGUCUGCGAUCUCGCUCUUCCCAGCCCAGUGAGGAUACCUCCAGGCGGGCAGAGCUGGAGGGGCUUGAGGGUAGUGCCCAUGCUGCUCGCACAAGGCUGGCGGAGGAGCAGACGAGACGGUUGCGCCCACAGUACAGCAUCGAUGCAGAGACCCACUCUCGGACUCUUGAGAAAACGAUGAUGACGCCGCUGACCAGGAACAGCAAGGAUGCAUGGGAACAUUUGCAACCCAGCUCCAAAGAACUGCGCAUUAAAGACUUGGACUUUUCUGACCUGUUGGAAGAGGAGGAUAUUGACGUCUUGGACGUGGAUACUUUUGACACCGGCAUGACUAAUGGUGUUCCUCCACCACCUCCUCCACCUCCAGGAUUGGGAUCUCUCCCUCCACCACCUCCUCCACCUCCACCUCCUGGGAUUGGAGGAUCAGCUCCCCCUCCUCCACCUCCUCCUCCAGUUCCUGGAUGUCAGAGUGGACCCCCUCCUCCACCACCUCCGCCGGGAAUGUCUUGCCUUUCUCCAACUCAGAACAUAGACCCAGCGUUUGUCAAGAAGCGGAAGACUGUCAAGCUGUUCUGGAAGGAGCUCAAGCAGUCGGAGAGCCCGAGAAAGUGCAAGUUUGGUAGGGGAACCGUCUGGGCUUCUCUGGAUAAGGUCACAAUAGAUACCAACAAGCUGGAACAUUUGUUUGAGUCAAAGGCAAAGGACCUUCCUGUGGCAAAGAAGGGCCCUGAAGUAAAGAAGCCUGAAAUUCUUGUUCUCGAUCCAAAGAGAAGCAAUGCCAUCAACAUUGGCAUGACCGUUUUACCUGCUGUACAUGUCAUUAAAUCUGCUAUACUCAGCUUCGAUGAAUUUGCCAUCAACAAAGAGGGUAUUGAGAAAAUCCUGACCAUGAUACCUACAGAGGAGGAGAAACAGAGGAUCCAGGAGGCUCAGCUGGCCAAUCCUGAUGUGCCUCUGGGUACAGCGGAGCAGUUUCUGCUCACUCUGUCCUCCAUCAGUUGCCUCACAGCACGCCUGCAGCUUUGGGCUUUUAAACUCAACUACGAGAGCUUAGAGAAGGAGAUAGCGGAGCCCCUUUUCGACUUGAAGCACGGUAUGGAGCAACUCGCCAAGAACCAGACCUUCAAGCGUAUCCUAGCAACACUGUUGGCUAUUGGCAAUUUUCUCAACGGCUCCAGCGCAAAGGGAUUUGAGCUGAAUUAUCUAGAGAAAGUGACUGAGGUGAAGGAUACUGUACAUCGACAGUCUCUUCUGCAUCACUGCUGUAACUUUGUGGUUGAGAAAUUCCCAGACACAACAGACGUCUAUUCGGAAAUCUCUGCCAUCACCCGAUCUGCUAAAGUGGACUUCGAGCAGCUGUCUGACAACCUGGUUCAGCUUGAGAGGAAGUGUAAGACAUCCUGGGACAACCUGAAGAUAAUGGCCAAGCACGAGGCCAAACCCCAGCUGAAGAGCAAAAUGACGGAGUUCCUCAAAGACUGCACAGAGAGGAUCAUUAUUCUUAAAGUGGUGCACAGACGCAUCAUCAACAGGUUUCACUCGUUCCUCUUGUACCUGGGUCAGCCUUCCUAUUCAGUCCGGGAUAUUAAAAUAACUCACUUCUGUAAGAUCAUUAGCGAGUUCUCUCUGGAGUACCGCACCACAAGAGAGAGGGUCCUCACCCACAAACGCAAGCGUGCAGCCCACCGUGAGCGCACCAAGACCCGCGGCAAGCUCAUCACUGAGACGGAGAAAUUCUCUGGAGCUGUCCCAUCCAUUACCCAGGAGAGUCCUUCCCCAGUCUCCAUGGCAACAGAAACCGAGCCAGCCCAAGAGGAACACGAGAACAUGAAGAACCUUCUAAUUGCCAACGAAGACCGCGGCAAACUGCGCAGAUCCCGCGCUGUACGAAAGCUGGUGACUGCUGGCUCUGAUAUUCCCACUUCUUCGAUUCAGGACUCUAGUGAUGAAGACGAACCAGUAGAGAGCUUGGAAAUGCAGGAAUUAAGUGAUGAAGGUUUUGGAGGCGUUGUUCCAUCACCGAUGUCUACAGGUAAAGAGGACAGCGCGAGUUCACAGGAUGAUGCAACAGAUGAGAUCAUGGAUCGUCUGGUUAAGUCUGUUACUCAGAAUCCUUCAGAGAGGCAGUCUAGUCCUAAAACAAGGAAGCGAUCGCGGCUGAACAGGAAAUCACUGCGGAGGACGCUGAAGAGUGGUCUGAGCUUGGAGGUGGUGCAGGCACUAAGUCUCAGAUGAGAGAACCAGGAAUAUUAAAGGACUAAGCAAGAAUUGGCUGAGAGCUACAAGAGCUGAGAACUGAGUGUGUGAGGACUUGUGUUUCUCAGACGCCUGCUGCCUGCUGCGGACGCACUUCAUCUUCCUGUAGUGGAAUAAGGAAGAGACUCUUAAGACUAUUCACAGGAAAGCACAAACUAAUUACGCUGUCCACUUGACCUGUUUUUUUUUAAUAUAUAUAUUUGGUACAUAAAGUAUUAAACUACCAGACUUGUUUAUUAAUAUAAUUUAUAUACAACCCAAUGAUGAUGCACAUUUUAGCAGAAUAUUUUGUACAGGUUCAAGAUUUUUGACAGUAUAUGUAGCACAUUCAGAGCAGAGUAAACUCGGGUGGUCAGUGUGUAACUCUAUAUAGACGUUAGAUAGAAGGGAAUUUUAUUAAAGUUGCUGUUUUACACUGAACUAAGUUCUCAAGUCACGAUUUCCAUUAUAGCAAUUAGGAUAGUGGUUGGCUGUUUCAAACUAUUUAAAAUAGUAACCACUUAUCUGGGCAAAUUCUUUAGCAGUAAGCUUUACAGUCUUCACUCACAAGGAGAUCUUAAUCAGAUAAAAAGUAGGUCAUGUGUUCUUUUUUUUCUUUCUUUUAUUAUUUAUCAUAACAUGUGAUAGUUUUGUGGAUGCUACAGUGCCUUACAUUUUGGUUGUGGUUGUUGUAAAUUCACAGAAAUCCACAUUACACAUGUUAAGUGACAUUAUUACACCAAAACAGGUUCACAUGUUGGUCAAUUUUAACCAUGCUUUUUUUUCUUUAAGUUUCACUGUGACACCUGUUCAGUUCACUAAUUAUUUUUAGUUCAGCAAAAUGCUGUUUAUGGUCACUGCUUCUUUUGCACAGGAGGUUGUAUGAGGAGUAUUCAGCUGCAGUAGCUCUUUGUCCCUCACGGUCAUGAUGUCGUUAUGCUUAGUGAGAUUUUAUAGUUUUGUGACCCUAAAUUUUGAAAUGUAAUGCAUGUGUUUGCUUCAUCCUGAAUGUAUUACUGUAGGUGUGCGCCACUAAGAGAUCCAGUCCUACCCUUAACCACUUCAAGCACAUGCAUGCAAACUCUUUACUGCAGAUGCAAGUAUUUUUUUUUUUUCAAUCCUUUGAUGUGUGUAUAUGUAUGACCAUGAACAUUGACUCUGAAUGCAGAAAAUAAAGUAUGUUAACAGA